AUGGGGACCGACAGCGAGGUUUACACAGCCGCCAGCGAGCGAAACGACUCUCAAGAGACGCUGGUCGUAAAGCCCGUCAAGUCAUGGAAGGGCUACCUAUGGGACACCUGGGACUAUCCCACCGACCAGCGCCGCCUGCUCUUCAAGGUUGACGCCUUCAUCUUGACCUUUGCGUCAAUCGGGUAUUUUCUCAAGAAUAUUGACCAAACCAACAUUAACAAUGCCUACCUCAGCGGCAUGGAAGAGGAUUUGAGCAUGUACGGGAAUCAGCUAGUGACGAGUACUUCGAUUUGGACGGCCGGCUACGUUAUCGGACAAAUCCCGUCGAACCUGGUGCUUACGCGCGUGUCUCCGCGAUGGGUCAUCCCGGCCCUUGAAGUUGGUUGGGCUGUCUGCACAUUCUGCACAGCAAACGUGCAGUCAUAUACGUCGCUAUAUGCCUUGCGCUUCUUUGUGGGAUUGUUCGAGUCCGGCUUUUACCCAGGUAUUCACUACAUGCUCGGCUCAUGGUACACACCGCAGGAAAUUGGCAAGAGAGCUAUGAUCUUCUGGCUGGCUGGUUCUGUGGGAACACUCUUCAGCGGUUUCCUUCAGGCUGCUGCCUAUACCAACCUCGAUGGAGUGAAUGGCUUCGCGGGCUGGCGGUGGUUGUUCCUCAUCGACGGCAUCAUAACCUUGCCUCUUGCAGUGGCCGGCUUUGUCUUCUUCCCGAACAGCCCACAAGACCACAGGAAAACUUGGUGGCUCAGUCAUGAUGAGAGUGCUCUUGCGGCCAAGCGCAUGCAAGCAAUCGGUCGCGCCGGUAAACAACCGUGGACCAGAGCCAAAGUCAAGAAGAUACUCCUGAGCUGGCAUACAUACGUUCUUCCUCUUAUCUAUGUCGUGUGGAACAAUGGCUAUUUCCAAGCUGCUAUGGGAUACUGGCUCAAGAGUUUCAACACAACUCCAGCUCCGGUUCCAGGGGUUCACUACUCAGUAGCGCAAAUCAAUGAUCGCAACAACAAUGCUAACUGCUUUGUAGUGCCGCUUCCUACAAUCGGCAUAUUCGUUCCAAUAGCGCUCAGUUGGGCAUUCCUUGCAGAUGGCCCUUUCAAAGGCAGUCGAGCUCCCUUUAUUCACAUAGGCGCCGUUAUUACUCUCCUAUUCGCUAUUCUUUUGCUCAAGAUGCCCCUUUAUUCAAACAUACACGGCCGUACUGUUGUGUACUGGCUUAGCAAUGUCGGUUGUGGCGCAGGUCCAUUAAUUCUAAGCUGGAUUAAUGAGAUAUGUUCUGAUGAUACUGAGAAGCGGGCCCUUCUUGUAGCUAUGGCAAAUGACCUUGCCUAUGUUGUACAAGCGAUUGCACCCAACUUCGUAUGGAAGACUACGGACUUUCCCAGAGCGACGAAAGGCUAUACCUGGAGCAUUGUCCUUCAAAUUCUGUUGAUUCUUGUAACGGCCCUUGCUCAGCUUCUCCUGUGGCGGGAUCGGAAGCGAGCCGCCACUAUCCAGACAAUCACCACAUCUGAGUCACUAGCCGAUGAAGCACAGAAAACGGGGAAUUUGGCCGAGAAGAAGGUUACUAUUUAG